GGCAACAUUGAAAAGGUCGCCAUCUUUCUUUCUCUUCUGAACCCUGUAACCGCGUGGUCGUCGAUACGUUAAAGGUAUCAAUACAACAAAAUGACGAACUCAAAGGGCUACCGUCGCGGCACCCGGGACAUGUUCUCCCGGCCCUUUCGCAAGCAUGGAGUCAUUCCCCUGUCCACUUAUAUGCGCGUCUUUAAAAUUGGAGAUAUUGUGGACAUUAAAGGUCAUGGUGCCGUACAAAAAGGUCUGCCCUACAAGGCCUAUCACGGCAAAACCGGUCGCAUCUUCAACGUCACACAGCACGCAGUAGGUGUCAUUGUAAACAAACGUGUCCGUGGCAAGAUUCUUGCCAAGCGUGUAAAUGUUCGCAUUGAACACAUUCACCACUCCAAGUGCCGUGAGGACUUCCUUCGUCGAGUCAAGGAGAACGAGCGUCUGUUGAAGGAGGCCAAGGAGAAGGGUCAGUGGGUCAAUCUUAAGCGCCAGCCCGAACAGCCAAAGAAGGCGCAUUUCGUUAAAAAGCUGGAGGAACCCAUCGCCCUUGCACCGAUUCCAUACGAGUUCAUUGCUUAAGAAAGUGAGCGAAACGGAUUGUAUUUAAAAAUAAUAUUGUGGAAUGUUGGUUCAAAAGUAAA